CAACGUUUAUGGGGUAUUGCCAACCAAACAUGGCGGACAAUCUAAUCUCGGGCGACUAAUCAAUGGCGUGCCAAACGGCAAACUAUGGCCAAUACUAGGGCCUACGAAGCGCAGUUGGUGGCUGUAGUUUGGCUUUGAUUACUGUCCCGCGUCGUUCUAAACUUCCAUAAUGCACGGAUCGGAGCCCACAAUGGAGUGGGACAGCGACUUUGUUGUCCAUGUGGCCAUCUAUAUGGCCCUGGUCUUUCUGUUUUUCUGCCUAAUACCCCUUGCCUGCUACUACAUCCGCGUGGAGAGCCAAACAUUGGCCAAGAUUUGCCAUCCGCGAUGUCGACGUCAGCAGAGACAGAGGAUUCGGCAGCACCAUCGACAUCAACGGCGAUACGACAUUGGAAUUGACCGCCAGGGAAAUGUGUUCAACGUACCGGAGGAGUCUUCUGGCAACCGCUAUGGCGACAUAUUCUUCAUUGAACCCGGCAGCGUGGAAGCCAACCGUAUUCGCGAUCAACUUGAAAAAGAUGAAAAGGAUCUGCCCAGCUACGACGAGGUGAUGCGCAUGUGCAACCUUACCACGCCCACAGCAGCGGCAGCGGGGACACCAAGUCCACAAUCGCCCCUAGGUGAAUCAGGUCCCAUUGGGAUUGCGGCACUGCCUGCGCCACCAUACUCGGAAACAGAUCCAAAUGCAUCUGUUGGAGGAGCCAUUGUCAUUGCAAUGGAACCGAUGGAACCAUCUACCUCUCGAGCCGCACAGAUCCCACUCAGCUCCGGUUCCGGUCCACCUGCUUUAUCGCCAACUUCGACAGUGUGAUCUGCCGAAGGCAUGGAGAUCUGGAACUGAAGCAUUCACCGUGCCACUCUGGGCCACACAGAUGCCACUUUGUGUGCGCUUUCAGUAGAGAAAUGAACUUGUGUGAUCUUAUUGAGUACAUAACUAGUUAAGUGCUAGAAAUUAAGUGUCACCUAUUGUAAAUACAUAUUUUUAGGAUCUAGGAUGAAAAUUAAAAUGAGUGAUUUAAUAGAAAA